AUGCUAUGGUUCAGAAGAAAUAUCAGAUGUGUUUAUUGCUUGCGGCUCAGGUUUAAACGGCUUAAUUGGAUUGCAAGCCGCUGUAAUUCGUUUAUCAAACCCGAAGUGCUAGUGUCUUUAGGAGCACCAAAGCUUGGAUCAAAGGUGUUUGCCGGGGGCUACCACUUUAUAGCUGGUCGACAUCUUCCUCAAAGCUACUUUUUGGAAAAGGGAAUCUCUGUUCCGGCUUUUCCCGGCGAGGAGUCAAACUGCGUGCUCAUGUCAAGUAACCCGUUUCGCUUCGAAGGUGCUAAUGGAGAGACAUAUGGGCGACCUGGACAAUUCAAUGCCACGCUCUACACGAAAAACCCUACCCGAGAAUGGGUCGAUAUUGACAAGCACGAUGACCUGUGGGACGAACUAGACUAG